GUUAAACUCCAGCCCAUUUUCCAAAGAAGAAUUGCACAACACGCAGAUAGUCAGUCUCUCCUGGUGUUUUCGACUCACUGAGAUCUGCUUCUGUUACAACAGCUUCCAGGAGAAGGCAAGAUGUCUGUGACUAUGACAAAAACUGAAGGGGUCACCAUCCUUACCAUGAACUCUGACCCCCAAAGCCGUUGGCCUCCUCUGUGCCAGAUCUUGAAGAACCUUUGCUACAGUCCAGUGUGCUGCUCAGUGUCUCAGCACCUGAGGACGGUCCAGAGAUCAUGUCUGUCCGUACUCGGGACGAUACAGAUCAUGGUGGGGUUGCUUAAUAUCGGCCUCGGUGUCAUCCUCUCUGUGAUACCCACUUAUUCUUGGCAGUUAUAUUACACUGGCUUUCCUUAUUGGCUGGGAGCACUAUUCAUUGUGUUUGGCAUCACGUGCAUUUUGUCGGAGAGGUUUUCAAGUGCAUGUCUGGUCAUCCUCAAUGUGAUUCUCAACCUGGCUGGAGUUGGUUUUGCCAUUGCAGCCAUUGUCCUCUACAUCAUCAAUAUAGCAAACAUGCAUAUAAGGUAUUCAUGCUACUAUAAUUACCCCUACUACCGAUGGGGCACAUCACCGACUCAAGAUCCUCAGGAGAUUUACCUACAACAAAAAUGCUUGGAGAGUACAGAACUGCUUUUGAUGCUCCUGAGGAGCAUCAAUGCAGUGCUGAUCAUCCUGUCGGUCCUGGAGCUCUGUGUCACCAUCAGCUCGGCUGUUCUGGGCAUCAAAGCUCUGAGGAGCACCGAGAAGGAGCCAGAAAAGAGCUCUUAAGAUUCAGAAGUCUACAAACCACAGAUGGAGGAAGUGACCACCAAACCUGCAGCCUGAACAUCUUUUAUACUUUUAAUUACCAUGAACUACAAAGACUCACUGUUCUGUAAAAACACUGAUUUAAUCAAACUGAGUUUGUCUCUAUGGGUUGAUUCAAAGAAAUGGACUUCAAACUUUUUAAACUUUUGUAACCACUGAUAUUUAUAUUGAACAUUUUAUGUAAAAUCACAACUUCUGGUUAAAGAGGGUUCAUGAAUGUUUAUAUAAUGUUUAUUUUUAUAUGCUAGCAACACUGAGUCAAAACAGUACUGACCCAUAUGUUACAUAAUUCAAUAUAUUAUCCACAUUUUGUUGUAGAAAACCUUAAAAAUGCACAAGUAAUAAACAGGUACUUCCUCCCACAUUAUUAAA